AUGCGACGUCUGUCAUUGACCGCGAUGCCCUCGCGACGGAAGAAGCAGCAGCUCAAGCAGCAGCAGAAACAACUGCCGCAGCAGCAACAAGAGCUUGUGCGCGAGGACUCUGCCAGCAGCAGUCGCCAGUCCACGAGCAAGUGCAUGGACAGCCAGCGUUCGACGUCGAGCAACUUGAGCAUGCUCUCGUCCGUGUCGACCUGUCUGUCUUCGGACUCGCUCAUGUCGCUGGCAACAGCCACGAGUUCGUGCUGCGGUGUUAUGGAAGACUAUGGAGACGCGGACGAGCAGCUGGAAGCCAGCGAGUGCUGCGAACAGGGAUGGAUGUACUGGAAGAAGAGCAAGGACUGCUGGCUGAAAAUGUACGCGCGGCUGCGCAACGAGGUGCUAUGGCUCUCGAAAGGACCCGUGGGUGACGCUGUGGCUGUUAUUCAAAUUGCGGUGGCUGGUGUACGAGCUACGGACAUUGGCGGCAUCAUCGCGCGAGGCCCGGCGGGGGAGAGCAUGGAGCUCUUCGCUUACGACCGCGAGCGGACGAAUGAUUGGGUCGAUGCACUGUUUGUUGCUGCUCAACUCACGCAGUCGUACGAGCGCUCGAUAGCGAUCGAGCGAGCGCCAGCGGACAUCCCGCGCCGAGAAAUGAAAGAGCUGCGGCAAGUGUACUCGGGCACGCUGGUCAUUUACAACAAGGAGCAGAAGUCGCCGUGGAAGCAACGGCUGCGCAAUAAGUGUCGACGACAACUCGAGAAGAUCGUUGACCGCCUAGACACGACCAAGCGGUAA